CAUAGUGCCAUGUUUUGUCUAGGGCUUAGGGUAUAAAAAGAGAUGUAAAGGGGCCAUUGGAGGCCAUCAAGAGUUCUUUUGAGAGUCAUGGUUAUGUCGGCCGGAAGGCUUGGGCGGCGUUUGUGCCGAGUUCGGUCUUAGAUCUUGUGUUCUAGGACUUGGGCUAGUGGUAGAUACAUCAAUCUCCACUAGAUUGGGCUAGGAAGAGAUCUCUUCAAUCUCUUUCUAGAUUUCUUUUGCUUUCUCUCUUAUUGUUCUUCGUUCUUCAAGUUAGUGGAAUACAAAUCAAGUUUUCUUUCAUUAUUGAUCUCUUUCAUUGAGUUAAUCCCCGGCGUUACCUACAAUCGGUCCACCAUCAAAGGAUUUUGGAGGCGCACGCGAGGAGCGCAAGGAAAAGAGGCUUGGUGAGGGGCUUUGGACCGUGAGCCCCCAUCAAUUUGGUGCUUUCAUUGAGAGAUCCUCUCAAGGAGGUAACGCUUGAAUCCCAAUCUUCCAGAUCUGAAUUUUCGUUGCAUAUUCUGUUUGAUCUAAAGUUAAAAUUCAGAUCAUAGAUUUUGGGGAAGUUCAUAAAAAUUCUGCAUCCUAUAUUUGGCUUGAAUUUGUAUACGAUUGGGGGAUGUUUAAUUUCUGUUUUUAUUAUUGUAAAACUCCUGUCGGAGGCUGAUUGAGUGGUGUACACGUGAGGUGGGUUGGUUCAUCCAUUGGGUGACAACCGCAGGAGGAUUGGGGGCUGGUUUGUGAAGUUCCUUUGUUGCAGAAAAAUUCUGCAACUAGGUGCUUGCUUUGGGUGUUAAGAACAGGGUUCUGAAGCUUUGAUUUUGAGUUUUGGUGGAGAGUUUCAGAGCUUAUUAUUCACUGUAAUAGGCAUCCCCACGUGUUGAUUUGGUUCUGUUUUGAGGGAGAUCUUGGCUGCUGAAGUUUGUGGACUGCCGCAGAAAUUUUCUGCAGUCCAGAAAUUUUCUGCAGCAAGUCUUUGGGGCUUGAGUGGGUUGGUUUUUGGGAGUUUGAGGGGCUAUUGUCUCAAGGUUUUAGAGUCCUAAAACAGAGGGUUAACAGGAGAUGGAGUCCCCCCAUUAUAGCAACCAAGAUAGGAGGUUAGAAGCCCUUGAAGUUAGUUCAGCCAACCUUAACCGCGCAUUGGAAACCUUGUCCAAUACUAUGGCUACAAAUAUGGCUGAAAUAAGGAGAGAAAACAAUGCCAACAUGGAGAGGUUGGAAAGGAGGAUGCUAGAGAGGGAACAUAAGAGGGUACAAGAAGAAGUGCCUAGGUCGCAUGCCGCACGGCAGGGCCGGGCAAGGUAUGAGAGCGAUGCCAUUAGUGUUCAGGGUACACACCAUGUAGAUCAUGACAUUAGGCACCAUGGGCGAAUGGGAGGAAGGAUUGAAGCCGAAGGCUUAGUGUUUGAGAGGUGGCUUGAUGAUGAGCGGGUUAGUAAUGGCCAUAACAAUCAUGAUGAGGCCGAUAGUGAACCCGAAGAACGCCCCUUCCAUGCUCAAAGGCCUUAUGGCCGGAGAGAACCCAUGGCAAGGAGAGGAAGAAACAUGCGGGGUAAUGACUUUGGAGAUGAUGACUAUAGGGGUCCACGGCCUAGAGGAGAAGGGCUUAGGAAACCCAAAAUUGACUUCCCAAAGUUUGGUGGAGGAGACCCGUAUGAGUGGCUUGACAAGGCGGAUCAGUACUUUGACGUUUAUGACAUCCCACGGGCUGAUCGGGUGACCCUAGCCAGUUUUCACUUAGAGGGUAGGGCUAGCCGAUGGUGGAGGUGGAUCCGGGCCUUGUAUGAGAAAGAAGGGAGAAGGUUGGGGUGGACGGCCUUUAUGGAUGAAUUCAUGAAACAAUGGGGACCAUCCCCCGUUGUCAAUCAUCAUGGUCAACUUGCAAAACUUAAACAAGAAGGCAAAGUCCAGACCUACAUCGAUGAGUUCCGGCAAUUACAAACUAUGGUCAGCGGAUGGUCCGACGAAGCCUUGCUUGGUACCUUCAUCGACGGCCUCAAACCAUGGCUAGCCAAGGAGAUCAAACUCAAACAACCAACACGGCUACAAGAGGCAAUGCGCAUGGCGGAGAUCCUAGACCAAAGCUACAACCCGGAACGACGUCCAACCAAGGAUGGUGCCAUCAGCAAGUUCACCAAACCACAACCAUCCAAGGUAAAUUUCAGAUCCAAAGAGAUAACUUCAACAGGUUCCAAAAAUCAGCAAAGGGAGGUAAAGAAGUUGUCACGUGAUGAGCUGCAAGACUACAUAAAAAAGGGUCUAUGUUUCAAGUGCGGUGAAAAGUGGAGCCGGGAGCAUCGUUGUAAGACCGGCCAAGUCUAUGUCCUUGAUGCAAGCAGCGACGAAGAGCCCGCUGCAUCUGAAAAUUCAGAUAGCAGCAGCGAGGAGGAAGAUCACCCCGAAGAGACCGAACCAUGUGCAGAAAAUCAGCAAGCCGAAUUGUCACUCAAUGCACUUUGCGGCGCACCAAAACCCUCGACAAUGAGGCUCAUGGCUUGGAUCGGCAAGCAUGAAGUCUCCUUGUUAGUGGACAGCGGCUCUUCUCACAAUUUCAUCAACUCAGCAAUCGUACGCAAGGUUGGACUCAAAGGUACAUCGGUUUUACCGUUUGACGUAAAAAUUGCUAGUGGUGAAAAAUUGCUAUGUGCUGAAAUUGUUAAUAAUGUAAGGAUGAAUGUACAAGGGGUGAGAGUUAAAGCCGAUCUACAUGUACUUCAAUUAGUCGGCUUAGACAUUGUAUUGGGAAAUGCAUGGUUACGCAGUCUAGGCCGGGUGGUGACCGACUUCGACGCAAUGACCAUGGAGUUUAAACUUGGUGGCCGAAAGAGGACAUGGACGGCCUUGAGCAGCAAGGAAGUACGGCCUUGCGAGGCCAACAUGAUAGAAAAACUUUGCAAAGGAGGGGCUAGCUGCUUUGCCGUUGUUAUGGCUAGCCCGAACCAAGAAGGUCCUCUCCAAGAUGAUGCAGAAAUUCAGCAGCAGCAGCAAGCACUUGAGGGGCUGCCACCACCAAUCCGGAGGGUGUUAGAGGCUCAUCAAAGUGUCCUCCAGAAGCCUACUUCCCUCCCGCCACAACGAGACUUUGAUCAUCCAAUUCGGAUGAAAGAUGAGGCUGCCGCAGUCAAUGUUCCACCAUACAGGUACGCACACUUUCAAAAGGGAGAAAUUGAGCGUCAAGUUGAUGAAAUGCUUAGCCAGGGGCUGAUCCGACAUAGCUCGAGUCCCUUCUCCUCACCCGUCCUAUUGGUGAGAAAAAAGGAUGGCUCAUGGAGGUUCUGCACCGACUACCGAGCUCUUAAUGAAGCAACCAUCAAAGACCGUUUUCCGAUCCCUACGGUGGAUGAGAUGCUCGAUGAAUUGCAUGGUGCCAAGUUCUUCACCAAAUUGGACUUACGAGCCGGCUACCAUCAAAUCAGAAUGAAAGAGGAGGAUGUGCACAAGACGGCCUUCAGGACACAUUCCGGCCACUACGAGUACUUGGUGAUGCCAUUCGGUCUAUGCAAUGCGCUAUCAACAUUCCAAGCGGCCAUGAACGAAAUUUUCAGACCCCACUUGCGAAGGUUUGUCUUAGUAUUUUUUGAUGACAUCUUGAUAUAUUCCAGAUCCAUGGACGAGCACCUUGAGCACUUGGAGAUUGUUCUACGCACCUUGGAGGAGCACCACUUUCACAUCAAACCUUCAAAGUGUGCAUUCGCACAAGCGGAGCUCGAGUACUUGGGCCACAUAAUUUCAGCCGAAGGAGUUCGUGUGGAUCAGCGAAAAAUUCAGGCCAUGCUCGAUUGGCCAUGGCCGAAGGAUAUCACAGCCCUAAGAGGAUUUUUGGGGCUAACAGGCUACUACCGACGAUUCGUAAAGGAUUAUGGGCUGAUUGCAAAGCCACUAACCACUAUGCUGAAAAAAGGAGGUUUCUUGUGGACCAUUCAAGCACGCAAGGCAUUUGAAGACCUCAAGGAAGCUAUGACACAAACACCAGUACUUGCCUUGCCUGACUUUUCCAAACCGUUCGAGGUCUACACCGACGCUAGUGGCGAAGGUAUAGGUGCUGUUUUGGUGCAGGAACGACGACCCUUGGCCUUUAUUUCCAAAGCAUUAGGGCCAAGAAAGAAGGCUUGGAGCACCUACGCAAGAGAAUUGUUGGCGGUUGUACAUGCGGUGAAGAUUUGGAGGCCAUACCUUCUCGGCCGGCGCUUCACCAUCAUCACAGACCAGCAAGCCCUCCGCCAUCUACUUCAACAGAAGAUAGUGACUCCCGAGCAGCAAAAAUUUCUUGUCAAAUUGCUGGGAUUCGAGUACGACAUCAUCUAUCAACCCGGCAAAGAAAACAAAGUGGCUGACGCGUUGUCGCGAAGGGAGAACGACCAGAUGUUGUGGGUGGCUGAAGACAUGGAUGAGCCGCAGAAUUUUGCAGCAAUCAGCGGCGUUGAUUGGAGGAUUUGGGACCGAGUUCGUGAGGCAUCAAAGCUUGACGCCCGCGCACAAGAAAUCCAAGAGAAACUUGAUGCAGCGGCUACGGGUGUUGCAGAAUUUAAGGUGCGUGAUGGUCUGAUUUUUUACAAGGGAAAUAUCUAUGUCCCCGACGUCCCCGACUUGAGAAGAAACAUCUUAGACCACUUCCACAACAGCAAGGAAGGUGGCCAUUCAGGUUGGCUUCGCACCUAUCUUCGUGUGAAGCACUUUUUCUAUUGGGAAGGGUUGAAGCGCGACGUCAAAACCUUGGUGGCCGAGUGCGAGACAUGCCAGAAGACCAAAUAUGAUCCACGGGCACCCACCGGACUGCUGCAACCACUUCCCAUCCCGAACAUGAUAUGGGAGGAUCUGACCAUGGACUUCAUCGAGGGUCUACCAGCAAGCAAAGGCUACGAAGUGAUCCUAGUGGUGGUUGAUCGGCUAAGUAAGUAUGCACACUUCAUACCUCUUAAACAUCCUUACACAGCCAAGUCAGUUGCACAUGCAUUCGUGGAGACCAUUGUUCGACUCCAUGGAGUACCAAGGAGCAUCGUCACCGACCGAGAUCGAGUCUUCAUGAGUACUUUCUGGAAGGAGCUGUUCACCUUGCAAGGAAGCAAACGAAAGCCAGUUCCUCUUACCACCCGCAGACGGACGGACAAACAGAGAUAG